AAAGAAUAAUAAUAUUCGUAAAAUAAAUAUUUCAAAUUGACAGUAAGAAAUAAAGGGUUAUAAAAUUUGUUCUGCUAACUGAUGAACGUAUAAAUACGUCUGUAAUAUUCCCAGUGUUGAAGUAAAGUUGAGGAGGUAGCAAGCAACAUCCAAUCAAAAUACUCCGUGGUAAGUUUUAUUUUAACCUUAAAUCUAGUUGGCAAUUCUGUUUGUAGUAAUAUGUCAAAACUGUGUUGUUAUGUGUCAAAGUAUAUGUAAAAAAAAGUGUACAAUUAAAAGAAAAAGAAAAUAGUAUAAUUAAUGUAUUUAACCGAAUGAUAUAGGUUUAUAUUUAAAUUGGUAAUAGAAAUAAAGAAUUUUUUAACUAAUGAUGUAUGAAUCGUCAUCGUGGAAUUCGAAAAAAGAUGAAACCAUACACAAAGCUGCCGGUUCCAUGUUAUUACGAAAGUAUGGACAAUUUUUUGAAACACUGGCUGAUAGAUUUUGGUUAAAUGAUUCGACAUUGGAAUAUUUUAUGGAAGGUCCUAUUAGACUUGUUUAUCAAACUGUCGAAGAUAUCAGCAUUAUAUCAUUGGUAGAAAUGGAAAGCAAAGAUUUGUCCAAGCUACUAGCUGCUGUUGCUGGAACAUGUAGAGAAAUAAGACUGCUAAAGAAAGAAGCUAAUACUUUCUAUGCUAAACUCUUCGCGCUAAGCGAAAAGAGUAUGGACAACGAACUAAAAAACGCUGCUAGCUUUUUAUCAGAUCUCCAAUGUUUAUCAACUUUUGUAAAUAGAAUAAUGACAGUUUUACAAUUAACUACACAACAGCUAUUCAGUUUGGCCGGAGGAUCCCAUGAGAUAUAUUUGCCUGCUUUGAUAGAACAUUACAUAGAUUUGUUUGUACUUCUUGUAAUAUUUGAUGAAAUUAUCGAUGCACACCCAUCGAUAUCUGGUUACUGUGGUAAAUACAAGAUGAAUAUAUCUUUCUUAAGGUGUAAUAUGAAGCAGCAGUUUGAAAUAUCCGAUGCUAAACUUAAUAUGCUUGAUAAAUUGCUCAAAGAUUUGAAGGAUCAGUUGUUGGGGAAAACUGUGUUUUCUAAAGCACUCGAAUAUGUAAUGGAUGUAAAUAAAGGUCCAAUUAUGAACGAUCAAAUUGUUAAUUAUUUGAAAAACUUGAUGUCAGACGUCGAGAGUAAAUCUAACGACAAUGCUGCAUUGAAUAAAUAUUGGAUUAGAGCUAAUGUCGGUGUUGUCGUAAUAACUAAAUUAUUUGGAACCUGUGAUAAGAAAUUAGUUAAGCGAGUAAACGAAGCUAACAAAAAGUUUUAUGCUGUAACAUUAUAUAGAAACAUCAUUUGGAUACCCAGUAAAUUUUUACACGAAUUCUUACCAAAGGAAGUUGGAAGUGUUGUUAGUUCACAAAUAGGUACAAAAAUUCUUUUAAACAGAACGCAGAAAUUAUCCGUUACCAUUAAUGUUUUAAUAAAUAAAGCUAUGACGUGGUGCUUAGAGAUGCAGAACAUUUUAAAGAAAGGUAGUCUUCAAAUUUCUGACAUAGGAGACAAGCGUAUAUUACUUACAGAUAUAAUAACGUUAUUUGGACAAAUUAAAGAAAUCAUAUUUUUUAUAACUAAUCUUCACGCUAAUCUGGCCAAACCUAUGAAUCGAAACACGGUUAAACAUAUUUGUAAACUUAUAGAAAUACAAAAAUCUCUUCAAACAUGGUUCUACAUAUUGGGUCCAGUUGUGGUGCGAUCACAAGACCAAGUUUUACAAUAUCUCAGUUAUUAUAUUUUAGUCAUACUCGUAACAGCCAGGAAAGGCUUGAUUCAAAAAGAUAGAGGCUAUAGCAAAGAAAGACUUGAUGCAUUAUCGUUAAUAGGACUAAGUAUGCGCCUAAUGAGUGGCCCUAUUAGCGCCGAUGGAAGAUUAAUAGUCAGAUGUGCUCUUGCGUGUGCCAGUCAAUUGACGGAAACAUUCAAAGAUGAGGAUAUAAUAAAACUUAAAUUUUUGCUAGAUAAUUAUGAUAUUUUUGCGGAACUACAAGACAAUGUUGAUGAACUCUGUGAUUAUUCGGUAUUGUUUCAUCAUAGCAAAAUGAUACCUGCAUAUCUUUCUUCUGUCAUUCAAGAAAAUAUCAAUAUCAGUCAUCUAACUAAUUUUUUUGGUGCAUUUGAUAACGUUAUAGACCAAGAAGAAUUAUCCGACACGAAUGAACAACUAAUUAAAGAUUUAAGAGAAGAUUUACUUAAAUCUGUAUUAGAACCAGCCUGCCGUGAAAUUGAAACAAGCCUACGACUUCACGUAUAUGCACAUUUGGAAUUGGAUUUCCGUAUUCCGAUUUUGGAGGGUGUUAAAGAUGGUGGAAGAAUAGUACAUUCAUUGCCAUUACCUUUAGUUGAUACAAUGAUAUAUCCUAAAAGAUUUGUCGAACAUUAUCUAGAUGAUAUGUUUUAUAAUCUUACGACAGUUGCAUUGCAUGAUUGGAAAACUUAUAGAACUAUGCAUGCUUUGGCUAAAUACAAAUUAAAUCUCGAUACUGUACAAAAUCAUUUGCCGACGCAAACUUUGGAGCAAGGUGUAGAUGCUUUGGAAAUUAUGAGAAAUAUUCAUGUCUUUGUAUCCAAGUAUUUAUACAAUUUAAAUACGCAAACAUUUAUAGAACACACGAGUAAUAAUAAACAUUUAAAUACCAUCGGUAUUCGUCAUAUAGCCAAUUCUAUUAGAACUCAUGGAACUGGUAUUAUGAGUACUACCGUCAAUUUUGUCUAUCAAUUUCUUAGUGUUAAGUUACAAACAUUUACGCAAUUUAUGUUCGACGAACAAAUCAAAUCAAGAUUGAUGCGAGAUAUAAGAUUUAUCAAAUCUCAACGAGAAAAUGGAGCCAUACCGUAUACCUACGAGAGAGCAGAAAAAUUUCAAAAAGGAAUAAGAAAAUUGGGAAUGACUCCCGAUGGAUUAAGUUACUUGGAUCAAUUUCGUCAAUUGAUAACUCAUAUUGGAAAUGCUCUUGGAUACGUACGAUUGAUUAGAUCUGGUGGAUUACAUGCUAGCUCAAACGCGGUUUCAUUUUUACCAGAUAUUCGUUCGAAUAUGUCGUUUGAAACGAUGUGUAAGAAUUUAAAUUAUAACGAAACGACGCAGGCUGCAGCUAAACGUUUGGAGGAUGACAUUGGAAACUUGGUUCACAAUUUUACGGAAGGCAUGCAUUAUUUUAAAUUACUCGUUGAUGUAUUCGUAUCAACGUUUCGAGAUCCUAAAUGGCAUCAUUUGCAAAGAUUCUACGCUAUUGUACCACCUUUGACAUUGAGUUUCGUCGACAAUGCGGUAUCAAAUAAAGAAAAAAUGUUUAAAAGAAAUCAAACUGGUGGAGCAUUUACAGAUGACGGUUUUGCAAUGGGAGUGGCAUAUAUAAAUGCACUUCUUGAUCAAAGCACCGAAUUAGAUGCGUUGCAUUGGUUUGAAACUGUCGAAAAUCAUAUCAAUGCUGAAAGUAAAGAUGAUCGUGGCGAUGAAAAGUUGCAACAAACCAGGGCACUAACUAUGAAACGUUUAGGAGAAAGAAGCGCUGAAUUUCAAUUAUUGUAUUACAGUCUUUCUGGUGCAAGGGUGUUCUUUAAACAACCGGACUCAUAGUGAAGUUUAUUUGUUGCGAUUGAAAUACUUGAAAUAUUUCUAAAAUCAAUUUUACUCUGUUUCUUUAAAAGAAAAUAAGAUGACAAUUAGUCUUAAGUUUUGAUUGUUAAGUUUAACUCUCUUUCAUAUUUUAUAUAUUUAGUUAAAUGAAACCUUGUAAGCAGCCACUGUAUUAUAACAAUCUAUUUCAUAAAAUUUUCAAACUUUAUUUCAAACUAUAUUUGAAUUUUGUAUAAUCCCUUACUAAUCAUCCUUUUAAAAUCUAGCAUCUACAUUAUAUAUAUUUCACAUAAUAAAUAAAGUCAAGGUAUUGAUUAGCAUUAUAGGUUUAAAUGAAUUAGCAUUAUCGGCAUUGCAUCACUAUCAUUUAUCUGCACAAGUAAUGUGUACAUACCAUACAUCAUUAUAUAAUUCUUCUUUCAUUAUUAUUUUUCUUUUCUUUAUCUUCUCCCUUUGUCUUAUUUCUUUAUCACAUACAAUCAAAGGCUUAGCUUGUUUAUUUGUCUUUUUGUUUUAAAUUAAUAUUCAUCAAAUCAGCAUCAUAUUCAAUUUAUUUUUGUGUUUUUUUCUAACACAUGCCAAGUUAUCUUUUAAUUUGUAAUGUAUAUUCGCUUAUAUAAACAUACUACAUUUAUCGGUAUCACUCCGUAAUAGUCAUUAUGUAGAUGGUGGCUAGAUUGUAUGACUAGACUAUAUUACAUUUGGAGAUUCCUAACUAGCUUUUUAUCAUUCUUGUAAUAAUAUAACAUAAACAAGAAUUAUGACUACGUGUCACAACCAAUUCAUCAUAUUUUCUUUUUCUUUCCCAAAAAAUAGUAUUAAUGUAUCACUAUUUCAAUGCAACGCGCGAUUAAAUGGAUAUAAAAUGAUCAUUUUUAAUACAUGGUAUCAUUAAUAUCUGACGACGCUCUAUCUUGUAUAUCGAAUGAUAUUAUUCAUAAUGUCAGUAUUUUGAACAGACAUUAAAAACUACAAUAAAAAAUAUAACAAAUACAAGUUCAAACAAUUAUAGAAAGUAUUUUCAAUAUUGUAAUCUUUCUACUAAAUUUCAUAUAAAUAAAAUUUGUAUAAACUUGUAUAAACAUAAGAUUCUAAUUUCAUAUAAAAUAAUCUAAGUUUCAAAAAUUGAUUGAAUUUUUAAAUAUAAUCACAUCAUUUGUCUAAUAUUAAGUUUUCUUUUCGCAAUAUUAUUUAUAUCCAUUAAUAUAAA